AGGAAGUGAGAUGUUGAUGGACAUUGUGGUUAACCAAUAACAACCCGAGUUGGUUUAGUCUCAUCACGUCAUUUCCUCCCAAUUCUCUUAAAUGUUUUUGGAGCCAGCGGUUCAAGUCGUUUAUACUUUUUUGUUGUUGUUGUUGGACGUGUUAGGUUUUUUUUUAUAUUUUGAACGUGGCUCGCAUCGAAAUGGUCUCAAAUUAAGAUCAAUUAAUACAACUAUCUAUAAUAUGGUCUGUUAGCUAGCUAAUUAAGCAACUUUUUUUUUUUAAAUCACGACACAACAGCUAAUAAGCUAGCUUUCGCUCAAAGCUAGCUACGUUAGCUAGCUAGCGGUGCAACAACACUGCUAAAACUUGGAGACGUUAGCUAGCUAGUGCAACAACACUGCUAAAACGGACACGCUAGCUAGCGCAACAACACUGCUAAAACUUGGAGACGUUAGCUAGCUAGCUAGCUAGCGCAACAACACUGCUAAAACUUGGAGACGUUAGCUAGCUAGCCACUGUAGUUUUGAUGGAGUGCCCUCAUUUGAAUUCCAAUGUUUGCAUUACCAUAGAUACCUCAAGUUUCCCCCACGGUCCCCCGUCCUCCUGGUGUUGCAGCGUUUGCAGGUCAAACAAAAGUCCCUGGGUAUGUCUCACCUGUCUCAAUGUGCAUUGUGGGAGGUAUGUGAAUGCUCAUGCUAAGCAGCACUACGAGGACAGUCAGGUGACAGGAAGUGGUGGUCAGAAGAGAUGUGAGGAGUCGGAGAAGAAUGCUCAGCACCUGGUCUGUAUGGACUGUAGCAGCUACAGUCUCUUCUGUUACAGGUGUGAUGACUUCGUAGUGAACGACACCAAGCCAGGACACGUGCAGAAGGUGAGAGACCAUCUACGGAUUCUGGAGAACUCUCCCCUGGCUGUUGACAGACGGACAAAGAGGAGACUUCUGGAAGGCAACUCUCCUACCAGUAAAAUGUUGAAGGACAAUGGUGGGGCCUCCGCUCUCUCUGCCAUGGGAUUACGUAACCUAGGCAACACAUGCUUUAUGAACGCCAUCCUGCAGUCUCUCAGCAACAUCCAGCAGUUCAGCUGUUAUUUCAUGGAGCUGCCAGCGGUGGCGCUGCGGAGCGGGAAGACUGCAGGGCGACGGAUGUACCACACCCGCAGCCAGGGGGACACCAGUGUGUCCUUGGUGGAGGAGUUGAGGAAGACCCUGUGUUAUCUGUGGCAGGGUGGCCCAACAGCAUUCAGCCCCGACUCUUUGUUCUACGUUGUCUGGAAAAUCAUGCCCAGCUUCAGAGGGUACCAGCAGCAGGAUGCUCAUGAGUUCAUGCGCUACCUGUUGGACCAUCUCCAUAGAGAACUACAGGGCGCCCCAGCUCUCACCGUUCCACCGGAUCAUGUCAAAGUAUCAGGAGACAACCCUAUUCUGGCACAAGACGGGCUCCCGUUACCCCAGGACGAGGGGACACCGCCCACCACGGGGGGCAAAUGCUGCAUAAACGGCUCUUCUACUGUGGUCACGUCUAUAUUUGGCGGCGUUUUGCAGAAUGAAGUCAACUGCCUGAUCUGUGGGACCGAGUCUAGAAAGUUUGACCCUUUCCUUGAUCUGUCCCUGGAUAUUCCCAGUCAGUUCAGACACAAGAGAACCAAGGACCAAGAGCCUGGUCCUACCUGCACGUUACGAGACUGCCUGUGUAGCUUCACUGACCUGGAGGAACUAGACCAGACAGAGCUCUAUAUGUGCCACAGGUGUAAGAAGAGACAGAAAUCCACCAAGAAGUUCUGGGUCCAGAAGCUGCCCAAGGUGUUGUGUCUUCACCUGAAGAGGUUCCACUGGACGUCCUACCUGAGGAACAAAGUAACCACCUAUGUCGAGUUCCCUCUACGAGGCCUGGACAUGAGAGGCUAUUUACUACAGGUGACCACUAACCCUUUAAACCUCGGGGUCGUCCCCCUGUGGCUCAGUUGGUAGAGCAUGGUGUUUUUUGCAACGCC